AUGCUUCGGCACUCUCCGCCGUCGCGCAGUUGCAAGCACUGGGAUCCAUCCUCGAUGCCACUUUUGCAAGGUCGAAUCGUCAUCCUCACGGGUCCAUCGUCGGGGAUCGGGUACGAGACACUGCGACAGCUGGUACUGUCCUCGGCGCACGUAUACAUGUUUGGGCGGAAUCUGGACAAGCUGCGUGCGACGGCCGAGACGAUCGCGGCCGAGUGCAGGCAGGAGCUGGCGAGGCUACCUGUGGGGCAUGCUCGGUACGGCGCCGAGGUGGGCAGGAUGACAGCUGUGCAGUGCGAUCUGGGCAGCUUGGAUAGCGUCCGGCGUGCGGUGGAGGAGUUUCUAAGCAACGAGGAGAGCGUGGAUGUGGUGCUGUGCAAUGCGGGCGUGAUGGAAAGCGGAAAGACGGUGGACGGGUACGAGAUCAUGUGGGGCACCAACGUGCUUGGCCACCAUGCCCUGCUUCGACUCCUCCUCCCAGCUCUGCGUGCAUCAGCAAAGCUGAGGAAUAGCGUCGUCACGGGCGAAACGCGCGUGAUUCUUACGUCGUCCGAUACGCAUCGAUGGGUGAACAAGCCCUCGCACCUCACGCCUGCCGGCCUGGACGAUCCCGACCAGGCAGGGCUGGGAUUCAUCCAUCUCUACGGCCGCUCCAAGCUCGGCAACAUUCUCACGGCCAAAACCCUCGCCGCCGCCUCGGACCGCAAUCACUGGGGCAUCACCGUAGCCUCUGUCCACCCGGGCGGCGUCAAGUCGCAACUGGGCUCGACCAACUCGCUCCUGACGCGCGUCAAGAACUGGUUCCUCGUCCCCGCCACCCUCGGCGCAGUCACCCAGCUCUGGGCCGCAUCCGCCGCCAACAAGGACUCCAUCCACGGCAGGUACCUCGUCCCCUGGGCCGCCGUGGGCGAGGAAAGCGAGCUCGCCAAGGACCAAAGCGUAGCACAAACCGCAUGGGACUGGUGCGAACUCCAGUGCACAAACAAAGGUCUCAACCUCCACCAUUGGCCCUAA